AUGUACUACUAUUUUGCAGGAUGUCAAGGAAUGUGGGACAACCUCACGUGCUGGCCAUCUGCUCAGGUCGGGGAGGUUGUGGUGAUGCCUUGUCCAUUCCUGCCUGCACUUUUCCUGGACAUCAAAGCCAAUGUCAGCAGGAACUGCACGACGCAAGGUUGGGCCAGUCUCUCACUCCCCUAUUUUCUGGCCUGUAGAUACAACAACAACACCACUCCAACCGUGCAGAAGAGGGAUUUCUAUCAAGCAGUGAAGACUGGUUACACCAUCGGGCACAGUUUGUCCCUCUGUGCCCUGACAACUGCGAUAAUUAUCCUUUGCAUUUUCAGGAAGUUGCACUGUACACGGAAUUACAUCCACAUGAAUUUAUUUAUGUCCUUCAUCCUGAGAGCCAUCGCUGUCUUUAUCAAAGACCUUGUCUUGUUCGAAGUUGAAGAAACAGAUCGUUGCUUUACGGCCUUGGGUGGUUGUAAAGCAGCAGUGGUGUUCUUUCAAUACUGCAUCAUGGCGAAUUUCUUCUGGCUCCUGGUGGAAGGUCUCUACUUGCACACGCUACUAAUUAUUUCGUUCUUCUCAGAGAGAAAGUACUUCUGGUGGUAUAUUCUAAUCGGCUGGGGGACUCCAAUGCUUUUUAUUGUCCCCUGGACCAUUACUCGAGUACACUAUGAUGAUGACGGAUGUUGGCUGAAUAUUGACUCUCCAUACUGGUGGAUCAUUCGUGCUCCCAUUCUAGUCUCCAUCUUGGUAAACUUUAUUUUCUUCAUCUGUAUCAUUCGAAUCCUGGUUCAAAAACUCCACUCACCAGAUGUUGGGCUGAAUGAUACCAGUCAAUACUUGAGGCUUGCAAAGUCAACUCUUCUGCUAAUUCCUCUUUUUGGAGUCAAUUAUAUUGUGUUUGCAUUCUUCCCUGACAACUUUGAAGUGGAAAUAAAACUGGUUUUUGACCUCAUUCUCGGCUCUUUUCAGGGUUUCAUUGUAGCUGUGCUGUACUGCUUCCUUAAUGGAGAGGUCCAGUCGGAGCUGAAGAGGAAAUGGAGGCGAUGGCAGAUUGACAGGUAUGUAGGAGGGGACCUGAAGUACCACCAUCCGUCCAUGGGCAGCAAUGGCACCAACUGCACCACCCAGAUCUCGAUGCUCACCAAGUGCAGUCCCAAGACCAGGUCGUCGAGCUUUCAAGCCGAGUCUUCCAUUGCAUAGCAUGAGGCAUCUCCCCUUCCAGGGUUUGGUUGAACAUUAAAGUACACGCAAUCCUGAAGAGGAAUCCAACAAAAAGAAACGAUACACGCAAAGCUUCAUAAUGCUGAAGUUGAUGUGAAAGCUAAUGUUCCUGGGGAAAUGAAGCACAUCCUCCCAAGAGGUAGAAAUUGAUCGGAAUUUCAUGGCUAAGAAUUGACCUGCUUUUAAAAAAAAAAUGGGAUGGCCAUCUUCAACUGGGGCAAGAUUGACUUUGCAGGCAGUGAUCGUUUGCAGGAAACCAAAUCUCAAAAGUUUCAAUGAUUGACAAAUGGACAAAGGUAAAUUAUUAUAUAGUUGCUCGGUUUUCUUGGAACUCAAUGCUCAAAUCUCCACCCUACAACCUGACUGCCAGUAUACCUCCUGUUCCUUUUAUCUACCACUCAUUAAAACCUACCUCUUUGACAGCGAUUUCAGUCAACUUUUCUGAUCUCCCGUUAUGAAGCAUUGAGUCAUAUUUUGCUUUCUAAUGCUCCUGUAAAACAACUAAAGGCAUUUUUAUAUAGAUACAUAGAAAAUAGGAGCAGGAGAAUAUGAUCUGUAUGAUCAUGGCUGAUCAUCCAACCCACUAUCUCCCCAUACCCUUUAAUCCCUUUAGACCUAAGAAUUAUUUUGUAAUUAUAC